CCAAGGCCUUCACGGUCGGAGCAGUCUCGAUCAAUCCCCAACCCUCGCCUCGCCUGCCUGAGAGCGCGGGAGCAAGCAGCGACCACCGUCUCCGCAGCACGCAGGCCCGCCCAAUUCGCGCGGCCUCAGGUGGGCGCGGGUGUCGGAGGCCGCGAUCGGAUGGAUCUCAAGGAUAGCCUCUCCAAAUUUAAGCAACAACAGGAGAGAUGCCAGUCGUCUUUGGCAAGCAUAGCUGCAAAUCAAGCUUCGACCUCAAAACCAAAGCACAGGGCCCAACCGAUAAAUGCUCCAUCUGCUCCAGCAAGAUCGUCACAGCCUAUUAAAUUUUCAAAUGAUACAGAAAGGCUACAACACAUUAAUUCAAUUAGGAAAUCGCCUGUUGGAGCACAAAUCAAACUUGUCAUCGGACUGCUUUACAAGACAAGACAAGCUUUUACUGCAGAGCAGAUAAAUGAAGCAACUUAUGUUGAUAUCCAUGGUAAUAAAGCUGUCUUUGACAGCUUGAGGAAUAACCUCAAAGUAAACUAUGAUGGGAGGCGUUUCUCUUACAAGUCCAAGCAUGAUCUGAAGGGAAAAGAUCAACUACUUGUUUUGAUAAGAAAGUUCCCAGAAGGUCUUGCUGUUGUGGAAGUUAAGGAUGCAUACCCAAAUGUAUUGGAAGAUCUGCAGGCUCUGAAGGCAGCGGGUGAAGUCUGGCUCUUAUCAAACAUGGACUCCCAGGAGGACAUUGUGUACCCUAAUGAUCCAAAAGCGAAAAUCAAGGUUGAUGAUGAUCUGAAGCAGCUCUUCCGGGAAAUUGAGUUACCGCGUGACAUGGUGGACAUAGAAAAGGAACUCCAAAAGAACGGCUUCAAGCCCAUGACCAACACUACCAAACGACGAGCAGCCGCCCAGAUUGAUGGCAUCAAACCCAAGCCUAAGCCCAAGAAGAAGCAGCGUGAGAUCACAAAACGGACCAAGCUCACGAAUGCCCAUCUCCCCGAGCUGUUCCAGAAUCUCAACACUUGAUUGUGUUACAAUUGCCAACAAAUCAAGAGGAUAUAUUCUACAUUAUUAGAAUUUUAUGUAUACAUGCAACCCUUGUAUGCGCUGUGGCCUUGUGAGCACCGCAAAUUUGUUCGGCAACUCCGGAUGUCCUACUUGAUGCAAGUCUGACAUAAUAGAACUCAAGACUUUGAGAUGUUCAUCACAAAAUUCUUAUUUGGUCCCAGUUAAAACA